AUGGAAGUUGUUGGCGUCGUCGCGGCUGUUCCAGGUCUUGUCCAGAUUAUCCAGGCAGUGAUUACGGCUAUCCGCGGGGUAUCGAAGAAAGACGUUGCACCAAAGGUAGCCCAGAACCCGAUUCAAAGCCUUCGAAAUAUCCAGCAAAUCCUCGAACGCGGAAAGGAACAAGGCUUAUGGGAUAAACCGCAAUUCGAACAGCACAAAUCAACCAUCAAACACUGGACGACAGAGCUAGCCUCCCUCAAGCUUGUGCUCCAGCCGUCAGCAUCAAAAGAGACACGCGCAGGUUGCGGGAAGUCUGUCCUCAUCAAGUCUAUUGCCCAGAAACUUGGAGAACAAGGCCAGAUCGCUCUCCGUUUUUCGUUCUGGUCCGGUAAUGAGAACCAACGAAGGCUAGAAGACCUGCUGAGAACCCUGGUAUGGCAGAUACUCAGGCACAUCAAACAUGUCGAUCUUGAGAAAGUAUCCCAGCUAUUGGCUCGGAGUGAUGGCAUCGACAAGAGCAGCCUUGUCGAGGCAUUGCGCAUCGCUUUGUCUGGUAUCAGCAAGAAGGUAUACUGCACCAUCGACGGCAUCGAUGAAUCGACAGAGGACUGGAACAGUGAAACAUAUGGGCGUCUUUCGACUAUUCUGGACCUGGUCAAAGAUCACAGUAACCUUCGCCCGCUCCUGGCUGGCCGACAACACUCAUUAAGAACGUUUCUGAAUAGAGCCUUGCCAAGACUGGAGAUUACAGAAAGUCUCAUACGAGACGACAUAGCCAAGCUAAUUGCAGUCGAGAUACACGAUUCACUCGAAAGCUAUUCACCUGUCUUCCGAGACGAGGCCCAGAAGAAUCUAGAAGCCAAGACUCAAGUAAUGUUUCUCUGGGUUAGACUAGUCUUGAAAGAGCUGAGGCGUUGCUCCGGUGUUGAGGAUGUUAGACAAACGCUUCAGCAAGUUCCCCACGACCUCGACCGCGAAUAUCACCGACUACUGUUGCAACUCAUGACUCGCACCCGAGGAUCAGUAGCAAAACCUUCGAUAUCGAUGAAGCGAGCGAGAUAUGUCUUGUCUUCCAUACUAGCAUGUCCUGAGCCUAUGACGGGCGAAGACCUAUGCUAUGCAUAUGCCACACAGGUCAGCGUGAAUGGCACAAUCGAGAAUGACCUCAUCACCAUUGAAGGUAUUAUGGAUGCCUGUGGCGAUUUUGUUAGGGCCACAGAAGGUCGCUAUCAUCUCAUCCAUGCAUCGGCAUCCGACUUUCUCGUGCGACCGAAAGGCGAAUGGGAACCUGAAGACACGGAUAUUUCAUAUUUCCAUGUCGACCUCGCGGAAGCUCACAAAUCCAUGUCCUUGGCUUGCUUCAAGUACAUCAAGUCUAUAGACCUUGGCACCCAUGGUCCUGCCGUACAACGUGUAUCUGGAACUCUUCAGGCUCUUUCCCAGAUAUUUGCGACAUUCAGAAGUCCAGGCACAGACCUCCUAGCUUCGUCAGCAGAGUCCAUGCCGGUCCCGAUCCUUUUCCUUGCAGCCAAUGUUGCGAGACAAAAGGGGAAUUCGAUGCUCGCAGAGAAGAUGGCGGUUAUCUCUGUUAAGAAGACAAAAGGAAGAGGUGACGUCUUUGAGUUUUGCAGCUUGCUAUUACUUGCAGCUGUAAGAUUCCACGCAAAACGGGAUACCAGUGAAACAAACGUGGAGAUGCUGCGAAAGUCAGUCCAAAUUGCAAACCGCCUCCCCACUCAGCCCCAUAUACUGAUGCUGAAGGUGGAGGCCCUCCAAAUACUGAUACUUGUACUGCUGAAGAAGGAAAGGGAACAAGAAGCGAAUGAGUUCAUCCGCAUGUAUGAAGAUCUUAUCGGAAGGGAUCGCAAGAAAUCCAGUAGCCGUAUAUGGGAGUACGGCCUUUGCCAUACUCGAUUCGGAACAGCGCAUAGGAAAGAAGGUCUGGAAUAUAUGGCUAGAAGUCUCCUCUUUAGCGGCAGUUACAGAGUCUCCGCAGACUUUGCUGCUCAGGCCAUAGAUAUUCUUGCAGACUCAGGAUCAAAACCGAGACUCCGAGAUCUGAGUUUGCUAGGUAUCCAUCGAGACGCCCUGUACAGGGCUUGCAACUUGGAAAAAUGCAUCGCUAGCUGCCAGCAACUACUAGUCUUCUUAAGAAAGCUCGAAUCAGAGCCCGUGGUCACAGAUGCCCGAUGGAAAACCCAAAUCUUGAUAGCCCGUUGUGUCAUCGAGCAAGGAAAUAUAACAGAGGCCGACACAUGGUUUUCCAAGGCGGCAGACGAAAUAAUGCUUCUUGGCCCCGGUGAGCCGCACCAAAAAGGCCAAAAUUGGUUCUUCUUUAUGAUGGAGGAUUUGGCGCUUUUGGGGCGUUAUAGGCGUUCCCAGGUCAUUGCCAAUGAGCUACUAGAGAUGAGAAGAAUCACCCACUUCCAAGACGACAAAGACUUGGAUUUUGGAGCCAUCGAGUCGCUUGUUUCUAAGCUGUAG